AUGGCAAUGAAUGUGCCAUCAGACAGCCUUGUCAGGUCAGGGCAGCCACUAUCCCUGACAUCUCAGGUAAAACAUGGAGAAAAGGAAAACUACAAUCCCGAGUUUUGGUACAAGAAGUUCCGAGAUUACAAACCACUGGAAGGGUCUGACCCGAUCCAGAACCUGAGGAAGAUCUCUGACUUAUGCCAUCAGUGGCUCAGGCCCGACCUCAACAGCAAGGAGGAGAUCCUGGAUCAACUGGUGUUGGAGCAGUUCCUAAACUGCAUGCCAUCAAAGUUUGAAACCUUAGUGAAGGAGAGCGGAGUGAAGAGCUGCAAAGACCUGGAAGAGAUGCUGAGGGAAAGGAGAUCCCACAAGUCGUCCAUAAUCGACUACCAAGGACAGGCAUGCCUCCUUCGGGAUCCCAGUGUUGGGAAGGAUGAAGCCCCAGAGGAGACAUGGGAUCCUAUUGAUUUGUCCCAAGAGCACCUAUCAAGUAGGACGACGGAGUCUCUCAACAGAGGCCAGGCCAGCCUGAAGCAGCAGAGCCCAGAGCUACAGAACCUCUCAGAAAUGGAAGAGCCAUCCACCAGCCAGUCUGGAAAGAAGUUCGCCCACUGGUCCACCCUGCAGGGCCACAGACGGGUUCACACAGAUGAGAGGCCUUAUAUGUGUCAGAUUUGUGGGGAACGCUUCGGCCACAAGGGCAGCCUCACUGUGCAUUUCCGCAUCCAUCUCGACGACGUGAAACCCUACAGCUGUAAGAAGUGUGACAAGCAUUUCCGACAGCAGGGGACUUUGAAGAGACAUAUGAAAACCCACAACAGAAACGGGUCUGGGUGA